UCCUAGCAGUAGCUACUUUCCAAACGUUACCAUGGCACCAAUUCAACAGUGUUCUUAGAGGCAGCCACACCUCAGCAAGGACUAACUUGGGCCAGAAAAAUUAGAAGUACUAAUAGAAACUGCAAGAGAGUCCUGACACAGUAUCAGAGGAGAAUCUUUAUGGCACAAAUGUCCUCUGAAUCUACGUGAAACAGGGUAUGAAACUUCAGGGAGGAAACAAAGAAGACGGACCAGCACCUCUAACACCUGGAGCGUGAUCCAAGCCUGGAGACAAAACGGUGAUCUGCAGCUAGAAGAUAAUAAAUUAACAAUGGAGCCACUGUAUGAGGAGUAUCUAACAUAUGGUGGAACAAUUGUCAAACCUUAUUACUGGCUUAGCUUCUCUCUAGAUUGCACCAACUGCCCUUACCACAUUAGGACAGGAGAAGCAGCAAGAGUUCCCUACACAGAAUUUCAGCAGAUUUUUGGAUUCCCAUGGUCAACAUACCCUCAAAUAAAACACCUCACAUUUUAUGAGCUAAGAAGUUCCUCUGGGAACCUGAUACAAAAGGGUCAUGCUAGCAACUGCACUGGGAAUCACAACCACCCAGAAUCAAUGCUAUUUGAGAGGAAUGGUUACCUUGCCUCAGUCAUAUCUCAUAACAGCAACAUCAGGCAUAUCAUUCUGUAUUCCAACCACUCCCCUUGUAAUGAGGCUAGAUAUUGCUGCAUCAGCAAAAUGUACAAUUUCCUGAUGAUGUAUUCAGAUGUCACUCUUAGUAUUUUCUUUUCUCAGCUCUAUCAUACUGAGAACCAAUUUCCUACUUCAGCAUGCAACAGGGAGGCUCUUCGGAGCCUGGCCAACUUAUGGCCCCAGGCCACUUUGAGUCCAAUAAGUGGUAGCAUUUGGCAUUCUAUUCUUGAAAAUUUUGUUAGUUGUGUCCCAGGAUCAACUGUUCUCCAGCCUUUUACAGCAGGGAGAAUACUGGCUGACAGGUACAAUGCUUAUGAAAUAAACGCCAUAACAGGAGUGAAGCCUUAUUUCAUGGAUAUUCUUCAGAGCCAUCGAAGAGAGAGUCCGAGCAGAAAGGCUCCGGCAGCUUUAGAAAACCACCCAGUAAACAAUGCCGAUCCUGAACAAGUUCCCAAGACUCCUGUAGUUUCCGUGCUAGUGCCUUACAGAGAUCUACCACCAAUCCAUGUGGAUCAAAACCCACAGAAACCCAGGAAUGUGAUAAGACAUUUGAAUAUGCCUCAGCUGUCAUCACCUGAGGCCAAAGACCUUAAAAACCCUCCCUCAGGCAGUCUAGUGGGGGUGGCAGAAGCCACAGGUGGGUCUGGAAGCAGCCAAGAGGCAAAUAAAAAGAACAAACAGAAAUGGAAGAAAUAAGCUUCAUUUUAUCAAGCCAGCCAUUUGCCGAAGGAUUUAGUA